AUGGCGGUCCAGAAAAAACUCAUCAUCAAUGCCUUUGUCGAGUCCUGCAGCGGCCACCAGUCCCCGGGUCUCUGGCAGCACCCGCGCGAUCAAUCCUGGCGUUUCAACGAACUAUCGCACUGGGUGAACCUGGCCAAGAAGCUUGAAGAGGGCAAAUUCCACGGCAUCUUUAUCGCCGACGUGCUGGGCGCGUACGACGUCUACAAAGGCCCGCGAAACCCGGACCCCGCGAUUAUCUCGGGCGCACAGUGGCCGGUCAACGAGCCGCUCGCCGUCGUUUCCGCCAUGGCGGCCGCCACCAGGAACCUCGGCUUCGGCGUGACCGUGGCCACGACGUACGAGCAGCCGUACCACCUGGCGCGCCGCCUCAGCACCGUCGACCACCUGACGGGCGGCCGGCUCGGCUGGAACGUCGUCACGGGCUAUCUCGACUCUGCCGCGCGCAACCUGGGUUUCCAGGAGCAGCCCAAGCACGACGAGCGCUACGCCGUCGCCGAGGAGUACAUUGACGUGACGUACAAGCUCUGGUAUGCCCCAAAUCCCGUCUCCGCGCUUUACAAACUACAUGGCAACGCGUUACUAAUAAAGACCAGGCAGCAGUCGUGGCGCGACGACGCCGUCAAGCUGGACCGCAAAACCGGCGUGUACACGGACCCCGCGCUUGUGCGGCCCAUCGACCACGUCGGCAAGUACUUCUCGGUGCCGGGCCCGCACAUCUGCCAGCCGUCGCCGCAGCGCACGCCCGUCAUCAUGCAGGCCGGCACGUCGAGCGCCGGCAAGGCGUUUGCCGCCAAGAACGCCGAGGCCAUCUUCGUCGCCGGCCACAGCCCGUCCACCGUCGCGCGCAACGUCGCCGAGAUCCGCGCCAAGGCGCGCGACGAGUUCGGCCGCGACCCCAGCGGCAUCAAGUUCCUGGCGCUCUUCUGCCCGGUGCUCGGCCGCACCCAGGAGGAGGCCGACGCCAAGUACAGAGACCUGGUGCAGUACGGCUCCGAGGACGGCGCGCUCGCGCUGUUUGGCGGCUGGACCGGCAUCGACCUCGCCACGUACGGCGACGACGAGGAGCUGCGCCACGUCGAGUCGAACGCGAUCCGGUCCGCGGUCGAGGCCUGGUCCAAGGCGACGCCAGAGGUCCCUAGGUGGACCAAGCACACCGUCGCCAACCACAUCAAGAUUGGCGGGCUCGGCGCCACGACGGUCGGCACCCCGGAAAAGGUCGCCGACGAGAUGGAGCGCUGGGUGCGCGAGGCGGAUGUCGACGGCUUCAACCUGGCGUACGCGCUGUUUCCGGAGUCGUUUGAGGACAUUAUUACGCUUCUGUUUCCCGUGCUGCGCGAGAGGGGCCUGUUCUGGGACGACUACGCCGUGGAUGGGGGGACGUAUAGAGAGAACCUGUUUGGGAACAAGGGCGGUGCUUUCCCGCCUGCUGAUCAUCCAGCGGCUCAGUAUCACUGGAAGGCUACUGAUUAA